AUGGGCGACCGCCCUAAAGCCGAUGCUCCACCUUCCGCACUCCACCGCAGCUUGCUCCACCGCGCCACCGGCAGCCUAAGACUCGCGGCAGAUUCCUUGGUCUACAGCUACCACAGGAGCUUCAACGGCUUUGCUGCCAAGCUGACUGAGUCCCAGAAGGACAAACUAGCCGGGUACAAAGAUGUGGUGUCUGUGUUCCCUAGUGAGAUGAAAAAACUCCACACGACAAGAUCAUGGGACUAUCUGGGUUUCCCCCAAAACGUCACGAGAGCAACCGUGGAGAGCGACAUCAUCAUCGGAAUGCUCGACACCGGAAUUUGGCCCGAGUCCCAAAGCUUCAACGAUUCAGGUUACGGCCCUCCUCCAAAGAAAUGGAAGGGCACCUGCCAGUCCUCUUCCAAUUUCACCUGCAACAAAGACUCCAUAGGCCACGGGACCCACACAGCAUCCACCGCAGCCGGCAGUACGGUGACACCCGCCAGCCUCCUCGGCAUUGCUUCCGGGACGGCCCGAGGAGGCGUGCCCUCCGCUCGAAUCGCCGUUUACAAGAUCUGCUGGGCCGGCGGCUGCUCCGAUGCCGACAUUCUAGCGGCGUUCGACGACGCCAUCGCCGACGGAGUCGACGUAAUCUCGCUCUCCGUUGGUGGUUCCGCAAAGGAUUAUUUUGAGGACUCCAUUGCUAUUGGAGCUUUCCAUUCGAUGAAGAACGGGAUUCUCACUUCCAACUCAGCUGGCAACGAAGGCCCCGGUCUUAAAACGAUCUCCAAUUGCUCUCCUUGGUCGCUCUCUGUGGCUGCUAGCUCCACUGACAGGAAGUUCGAAACAAAUGUGAAGUUGGGUAACGGCAAGGUUAUCACGGGGAACUCUCUGAAUACGUUCGAGCCUGGUCAGAAGAUGUAUCCCAUAAUCUACGGUCGCGAUGCUCCAAAUAAGACCGCUGGUGGGUCAUUGGACAAGGAUCUCGUGAAAGGCAAGAUUGUGUACUGCGAUGAUGCUACCGCUUCCGGGUUGGGACAGAUAGACGCCGGCGCCGUUGGCUCUAUAAUGAAAUCUUCUUCACCUUAUGGAGAAUUGGAAUCUCCUUUUCCUCUACCCGUUUCUCUCAUGGGUGCCGCUACUGGAGAUAAAGUUUUGGAAUACAUAAAUUCCACUAAGAACCCAACUGCAGUCAUAACGAAGACCACCGAUUCCACAGAUUCUAAUUCAUCAUCCCGUCAUCCGGACUUGACGGCACCAGGAUUGAACAUCUUGGCAGCAUGGACUCAAGCAAACCCUCUGACGGAUCAACCCGGAGAAACGAGAAUCGUCCCGUACAACAUCAUCUCCGGAACAUCCAUGUCCUGUCCGCACGUGUCGGGAGCCGCAGCUUACGUUAAAACAUUCCACCCUACGUGGUCUCCCGCGGCCAUUAAGUCUGCUCUAAUGACAACAUCUCGUUCGCUGACCGUCAAAGACAAUGCCGACGCCGAGUUUGCGUACGGGUCGGGCCAGAUCGACCCAUCAAGAGCUGUGGACCCUGGGCUGGUAUACGAUGCCGGGGAGAGUGACUACGUGAAGUUGCUCUGCGGCCAAGGAUACACCACGAAACAGCUCCGACUUGUGACGGGAGAUGAGAGUGUUUGUUCGUCGACGACGAAUGGAACAGUGUGGGAUCUUAACUAUCCUUCUUUCGCUCUGUCGUCGUCAACGCCUGCGAACAGUGUAACCCGAGUGUUUCGUAGGACCGUCACGAAUGUUGGGAAGGCGGUGUCUAGCUACAAGGCGACGGUAAAUGGGCCGUCGGGGCCGUCGGGGCUAAAGGUUGAAGUUGUGCCGGACGUGCUUAACUUCAAGAGUGUUGGGGAGAAACAGGAGUUUGUUGUGACGGUGACGGCUGGAUUGGGGAUCGUUACGCUCUCUGGUUCGCUGGUUUGGAGUGAUGGCAGUCACGUGAUGUUCAUAGUGUACAUGGGCGAUCGUCCCCACAACAUUGAAACUCCUACAGCUGCUGCUUCUGCUGUUCACAUUAGCCUCCUUCACAAGGUUACUGGCAGCGUGAGCCUUGCUUCGGAGUCCUUGGUUUACAGCUACAGCAAGAGCUUCAAUGGCUUUGCUGCCAAGCUGACAAAGGCCGAGUCAGAGAAACUGUCUGGACACGAAAGUGUAGUGUCCGUUUUCCCCAAUCGAUUGAGACAGUUACACACGACCAGAUCAUGGGAUUUCAUAGGCUUCCCCCAGAAUGUCACGAGAACGACUGUGGAGAGCGACGUUAUCAUCGGAAUGCUCGACUCCGGAAUCUGGCCGGAAUCUCAAAGCUUCAACGAUUCAGGCAAGAUAAUUGGAGCUAGAUUCUAUCACGCCGGUGAAGACUUCAAGAAUGGCGAAAUCCCAUCUCCUAGGGAUUCCGAUGGUCACGGGACUCACACCGCAUCCACGGCAGCAGGCAACACAGUGACUCCGGCCAGCCUCUUCGGCCUCGCCUCCGGGACAGCCCGCGGCGGCGUUCCUUCCGCCCGAAUCGCCGUCUACAAGAUCUGCUGGGAAGAUGGCUGUUCGGAUGCCGACAUUUUAGCAGCUUUUGAUGACGCUAUUGCUGAUGGAGUCGACAUUAUCUCCUUGUCGGUCGGAGGAAGCUUGAACAAGACAUUGGUGCAAGGCAAAAUUGUGGUUUGCAACGGUGUCAACCAAGGGACUGAGCAAGUUAGAGUGGGUGCCGCCGGUUCCACAAUGAUUCCUCCUCCCAAAACUGUUAAUCUACGUGAGGUGGCAUAUCCAUUUCCUUUACCUGUUUCCAUCUUGACCCAUGCCGAUGGAGUUGACCUUUUGGAGUACAUCAACUCAACCAGGUACCCGGACCUUACAGCACCAGGAGUCGAUAUCCUGGCAGCAUGGUCUGAAGCCACCACCAUAACAGGACAAAAUGGGGACACGAGAAUCGUCCCGUAUAACAUAAUCUCCGGCACUUCCAUGUCUUGUCCCCAUGCCUCAGCAGCAGCAGCUUACGUUAAAUCGUUUCAUCCUGCAUGGUCUCCGGCCGCCAUCAAGUCUGCUCUGAUGACAACAGCUCGUCAACUAAGCGUCGAAGAUAACAGUGAUGCCGAGUUUGCAUACGGGUCGGGCCAGAUCGAUCCGAUAAAGGCCGUGGAUCCAGGAUUGGUAUAUGACGCCGGGGAGAUCGAUUACGUUAGGAUGUUGUGUGGGCAAGGAUACAACCUUACACAACUCCGCCUUGUCACCGGAGACCAGAGUACUGUUUGUUCUGGAACUACCAGAACCGUGGGGGAUCUAAACUACCCUUCUUUUGCUCUAUCGUACGAUAAACCUACGUCGAUCACUCGCUUGUUUCGUAGAACCGUUACGAACGUGGGACCCGCACCGACAACGUACAAGGUCUUCAUUGAUGUCCCAGAGGAGCUCGAGAUCCGAGUUGAACCAGAGGUGCUCUUUUUCAAUGAGACCGGAGAGAAGCAAUCGUUCGUCGUGAUUGUCACGGCUGCGCUGGAAACAAGCAUGUUAUCUGGCUCUUUCAUUCUGAGUAAUGGGAUCCACCUAGUGAGGAGUCCGGUUGUUGCGUUUGUUUCGGGACAAGAGGAUAUUUAG